AUGAAGUUGUACAAAGCAAGAGAUUCAUGGAUUGUAACUAAUGACGAAAGUAGUUUAUGGUUCAAUAGAAGAAGUUUAUCUAUAUAUACUAAACAAGAACCAAUCACUGAUCAAUUCUUAUCAUCAUCAGCAUGGGAUGCUGUUUUUGUAAGCAAUAUUUAUGGUUAUAUUGGACAAGUACAAAUUGUAAAAGAUGGACUUAAUUGGUUAAUAUUUAUAAAAAAUCAACAACUUGCUUGUGAAAUGUCUAAUGGACAUCAAAUUUAUCGUAUUACGGAAAUUCUUAUUCAACCUUUUGAUAAUUUUGAUGAAGAAUCUGAUGUUAAAACAAAUCCUUCAAGCAAUAAUAAAUAUGAAUUAAAAUGCAUUGAAGAACUUCGUUUAUGGUAUCAAGAAACUCAAUGUUUCUAUUAUAGUUCGACAUAUGAUUUAACAAAUUCCAUGGAACGUUCAUAUAAUUAUGAUAAUAAUAUACCAUUAUGGAAACGUGCUGAUGAUAGAUUCUUUUGGAAUCGACAAAUGCUUAGUAAACUUAUUAAUCAAGCAGAAAAAGAAAAUUUGGAUACUCGUUGGAUUCAACCAAUAAUAAUGGGUUAUUUAAAUGAAUGUCAUUUUCAAGUUGAUGAACAAACUGAUGUACAAUUAAUUGUUAUAUCACGAAGAAAUUCCCAUCGAGCUGGUGUUAGAAUGCAUUGUAGAGGUAUUGAUGAAGAUGGAAAUGUUGCUAAUUAUGUUGAAACUGAACAAAUUUUAUGGACUGGAAAUAAUAUUAUGUCAUUUAUUAUGAUUCGAGGAUCAGUACCAAUUUAUUGGUCACAACCUGGAAUUAAAUAUCGACCACCACCGAAAAUUGAUCGAAAAUUUAUUGAAUAA